AUGGCCGCCAUGCACUCGGGAGGUCUGCACGUGACAGCAGAGGGCUCGUACAUGGCCGCGUUCUCGGGAGGUUUGCACGUGACAGCAGAGGGCGAUAUCGUCUCUAUUGAUCAUUUACGGAAAAUCAGGAAGAACAAAGUACAAAAAAUUAUAUAA